AUGAAGCUUGUUGGCUCUAUCGAAAGUGAAAAGAAUCUCCUGCAUCUGGCACUGACCAAUAACACUGGAAGAUUGCUUCACGAGGUGGAUGCGAACUCUCGAGAAAACACCAAACAACUUGCCGAGCUCCUAAACCUGCUGAAGCUUCAGGCAGAUGUUUCUCAAGAGAUGUCAUUAAAACUCGGCGACUUAGGAUUGUCGCAAUUGAAGCUAUAUAGCGACGUGGAGGCUCGGCAGGAACGUGACGAAGUGCUCCAGAAUGCACAAGAACGAAAAGAAAUUCUCGCCUGGCUGUCAAAAGCAGACCAUGAUAGCUCAUAUCAGGAUGCCAUUCAAAGAAGACAUGACACCACGGGCAAAUGGUUCCUCGAAUCACCCGAAUACAUUCUCUGGAAGGAUACGAAGGGUAAAACUCUGUUCUGCCCAGGUAUGCCUGGAGCGGGCAAAACGAUAUUGGCCUCUGUUGUCAUCGCUGAUCUCUAUGAGAGUUACAAAAGUGAACUGUUUCAUGGUAUCGCCUUCUUGUUCAACAUCUUCAACGAAAAGCAGUCCUCCAAGGAACUACUCGCAAGCCUGUUACAGCAACUUGUCAAACGUCAAGAACAACUUCCAGUAUCGAUAACAGAGCUAUACGAGCGUCACAACAAUAUACAAAAGCCUUUGCCUAUACAGGAGAUCAUCAAAGGCAUUCGUGCCAUGGUCAAUUCCCUCCGGCGUGUGUUUCUCGUGGUCGACGCCCUGGAUGAAUGCAACACAAACUCGUUGGGGGAUCUCUUGUCAACGAUCUUUAUGCUUCGCGAUGAAUGCAACAUAAAUAUCUUGGCGACAUCGAGAGAUAUUCCCACCAUUACUUCCGAAUUUAAGGGAGCAGGUGUCCUGGAAAUAAGCGCGAGGGACGAAGACAUACAGCACUUCGUUCGAGGUAACACCAAGGGAAACAUAGUGCACCGCGAUCCAACACUUCUGGAUGAAGCUGCUGUCAAAAUUGCACAAUCCGCACAAGGGAUGUUCCUUUUGGCCAAGUUACAUGUUGACUCUCUUCAAUUCCAAAGGUCGAAGAAAGCUUUCCGAGAUGCCUUGCAAAGACUAGCAAGUGGCUCGAAUCCAUACGAUACCGCCUACGAAGCCGCCAUGGAACGUAUCAACGGCCAGACCGAGGAGCAAGCACAGUUCGCAAGAGAGGUGUUGUCGUGGGUAACCCACGCGAAGCGCCCAUUGUUGGCUUUAGAGCUGUGUGAAGCGCUCGCUAUGGAGGAUCAAGUCCCAGCUUUAGAUCCGGACAGUGUUCCAUGUCUUGAUGACAUACUCUCUGUGUGCGCUGGACUUCUUGUUGUUGACGAAGGAAGCAAUAAGAUAAGACUAGUACAUUAUACCGCUCAGGACUACUUCGACAGGACGAGCAAGCUCUGGUUUCCAAGCGCGGAGCUGAUGGUGGCAACAACCUGUAUCACCUACCUUUCGCUCUCUGUCUUCUCGGAACCGCGGCCAAAAUACAAAUCACGAUACCAGCUACGGGAUGAUCAACCUUUAUACAGCUAUGCCGCCAACUAUUGGGCAGUCCAUGCCAGCCUCACCGAUAUGAAGCAGAUACAGAGCGCUAUUGAAAGACUGCUCAAACGUCCUCAAGCCAUUCGACACGCUUUAGAACAAGUGUUUUCCGGGUCUAUCCUUGGAGCUACCGGUCUUCAUCUGGCUGUAUGGUCUGGGCUCCACGAUGUUGUGGCCAUAUUUCUUGGGCUUGGCUGUGAUCCGAAUGCAGUUCUCACUCUCUCACCACAAAAUGAGUUGGAAAGUUUGACGGAGCAAACACCCCUUACAAUAGCUGCAAAGCAUGGUUACACAUCUAUCGCUGAACUACUCAUCUCUGUUGGUGCCAGAAUGGACACGAAACUCAACGGGAGGAGCUCUAAAUCCCCACUCGAAACAGCUGCAUCCGAAGGCCAUGAGAGUACUAUCAAGCUCCUUAUUCAAGGGAGCUCUGUAAGAGACGUGCAGUUAUCUCUCAGUCCGGCAAUUCGAAAAUGUUCAGUAUCGCUUUGUGAAUUGCUCCUCGAGCGCGCUCCAGUCGAAUUCGAUGACAUGUACGAACUACUAGACAUUGCGGUCUCUCGAGGACGAAAAGAUCUUGCGUACGUCCUUCUCGAAGAGCAUUUCUCAAAGAAUGCACAGAAUCAGUAUGGUCAGACUCUAUUGUUUCGUGCAGCUUUCAAUGGAAAUUCAGGUAUCGUUCGCCAGUUAUUAAAGGCCAGCGCCACGGUGAACGUCCCUGACAGCAAUAACCAAACACCGCUUCAUGUAGCCGUGCAUGAAGGGUACGCAGAAGUAGUAAAACUACUUCUCCAUGGAGGUGCUGAUCUGGAGUUCCAAGAUUCACGUGGCCGUACGGUGUUAUAUAUUGCGGUGUCCAGGUGUCAAGAAGAUAUCGUGAAUUUACUGCUUGACUCAGGAGCCUGCGUGGAUAUUUUAGAUGGUCGCAGCCGCACCCUACUGCAUCUUGCAGCUGGCAGAGGAGAUGUUUCGAUCGUUGAGUGCAUCCUCCGUAAAGGAAUCAGCCCCAAUGUCCAAGAGGACGCAGGCCAAACCCCAUUGCAUACUGCAGCUGCUGGAGGAGACAUCGAAACAGUCCAGUAUAUGCUCAGCAGAGGAGCCAAGAUUAAUAUCCAAGAUAACGCGGGCUGCACGGCAUUUUGGUACGCAUGCACGAAUCAGCAUAGCGGUAUGGCCAAUAAGCUUUUGGAUUCCGGUGCCGACUGGCGAAUAGCAGAUAAUGCAGGCGUCAGUGUCAUAGCAUCCGCUAGGGGUGUAGCUUACCAUAGAUGUCAAGGAAUAUUCGAGAGGCUUGAGAACCUCAAUGCUAUCCUCGAACUCAUGGGAAAGCGGCGCGCAGAGAAAGCUCUUCUAGCCAGCGAACAACAAUCUCACGUUCAUACCGAAAGAGAUGUAGUUUGA